UGCCAAUGAACACGUUGUUCGGUCAUUCACACUGACGUGUUGGAAAAAAAGUUUAUUCUUAAAGAAUGUCUGAAAAAAGAGACUUGACACAGAAUCCUUUUGCGGCAUUGUUUACCAGUGUGGAAGAUGCAGAACAGUACAGUGCACAGUCUUUGGGAACACAAAGUGAAACUCCAAAAGAGAAUGAAGACAAGGAAGAGGAUGAUACUCAGAGAAAAAUGGCCAUAAAUUGGAUGAUAGAGAAUGUUUUUCUCAUCACAUUAGACAAAGAAGUUCAUCCUUAUGAAGAUAGACCAUCCAGGUGUGUUUUUAUGUCGGAGAUGUAUGACACACUGGAGGGUCAGACAUGGUGGGAGAUGGACAAUCUAGAACAGGCUGUGUUUGAGAGACUACUUUUACCUAAUCCGGGGGCAGAUGUGGUUAAUCUGAGUAACAAGGAUGACCUAAAUGCUGCUUCUUUGGCAGGAGAGUCAGAAGUUCUGAGAUACUUGUACCAGUGUUAUAAAAGGCAACAAAAUCUUCUUUCAAAGAAAAGAGACCUUUCCAGUGAGCUGGCAGCUUGUUGUGAUGUCAUUCUGAUGAAUGCCAGGAUCUGUCUGCAGCAGGAUGAACUUUAUCCUUCCCAGGUUCCUUUGCGACAACUUGUUGACCUAUAUGAGGAAGAGGCAUGUUUCACACUGAGUUCAGAAGGUGACCUUUACCUCCAUUUUUUUGAUGACCUUGUCCAGCAGAUAGAGGACAAUGCGGAAGAUGGGUCCGUUUCCCAGGUUUUUAGGCCGCUCCUAGAACUCACCAAGCACAAUCUAUUGAAAGAAUUUUCCCUCCUCAGCCCAGGGGUCAUCAAAGCUAUUGAUUUUCUCAUCUUCUUCACCAGGAAAGCAAGUUUAGCUGAGGUUUUUAUAGAGCAUUCCUCACCCAAAGACUGGAAGAAAGGCCGAGACUUUCAGAGCACGCUGUUAGGCAUGGUCUUCACCCUGAGCUGUAUACCUCAGAUGGAGCUUGGGCCAUACGAGUUCUUCGAAAAUCCUUCCACCAGGACAAAGCAAGAUAUUGAAGCUACUGAAUCUAGUAUACAGCAGCCCCUAGCCAACAUGUGUGAAAAAGUGUACCAGUUACUAUUUGCGAUCAUUAAGCUCUCCCCCGAAUUACGUCACAAAGUCUUGCAGUGGCUGGGGAAGUGUAUUCACGCCAAUCUGGGAAGAACAAAGAUUUGGUCCUCUCAGAUGCCCCAGCUGUUUACACAGAUGUACGCCUCGGAGGGGUUCUGCCUCAACCUGUGCUCUAUCAUGCUCAGACUUUGUAAACCGUUCUCUGAACCGAAAUCUGCCAAGCUGCUGAAAGUCCAGCCCACUUACUGUAGGAUGGUGGCAGCCAAUGAGAAAGAGGCAAAGGAGAGAGGGAUACACACUGAAGGACUUUCAAAGGAGUCUUGUUUAGUUCCAAAGGAAGAAAAUGAGAGCAUUUCAACAGAUGAGAAUUAUAAUUUCAUCACGGAGUGUUUUUUCAUGACUCAUCAAUGUAUUUAUAUGAGUUUUCAUACUGUACAUGAAAAAUUUCUCAAACUAAAUCAAGAACUUCAUAGAGUGCAAAGGUUAUACAAUGAGGUCAGGGGUCAAGGCAAUGAUGAAGUUGAACCAGUACGCAGUAUAAAAAGACAAAUGGAAAAAGGAAUGACUCUAUACCUUUGUAUGAAAGCUGCAUUAACAGAGCCAAGGUUGUUAGAAAUGUCCUUGAACUUUCACCUUGCUACAGCCACAUGGCUUUCAGAAAUUGCUAUAAAUGAAGACUGUCAAACUUUUGAGCCUGUGAAAUUUCCGCUGCCUAAAACUGUUCCUACAGUUUUGACAUGUGUGCCAGAAUUUAUCAUGGGGAAUGUCACCGAUUUUACACUUUUUCUUCAGAGAUUUAAAGAAGAUAUGUAUGAGAUGGCCGGAGAUAAGUUGGAGCACUUUAUGACCCUGAUCCUGGUUUACAUGGGGAGCCCUGAGAGGAUGAGGAAUCCUCACCUGAGGGCAGAGCUGGCCGAGACCCUAGCCUCCCUCCUCCCGGCAGAGUCGGGCUCCUCAUCAAAGGGUAUCCUGUCUUGGUUUUCCCGAGAACAGCUGUUUGUGAAGCACCCACUGAUAGAACAUCUAGCUGAGAAGCUUCUGAAUGUCUUUGUCAGUAUCGAGAUGACUGGACAAAGUGUACAGUUUGAACAGAAGUUUAAUUAUAGGAGACCCAUGUACAUGGUUCUCGAACACAUAUGGGAGAUAACUCUUCAUAGAAAGUGUAUUAAAAAACUGGCUGAGGAGGCUGAGGAGAGAAUUGAGGACACUGAUCCUCCAUUGUUCCUUCGUUUUAUCAAUCUCCUCAUCAAUGAUGCUAUAUUCCUCCUAGAUGAAGCUUUUGAUUACAUGACCCAAAUCAAGGACAAGCAGGCAGAGAAAGACCGAGGAGACUGGAACAGCCUGGAUCAGCAGCAGCGGCAGGAGAACGAGAACACACUGCGCCAGACCACCAUGCUGGCCCGCUACCAUAACAUGAUGGGGAACUACACCAUCCACGCCCUGGAACUGAUCACCAGGGAGAUCAAAUCCAUCUUCUGUCAUAGCUCCAUGGUAGACAGAAUAGCUGGCAUGCUCAACUACUUUCUUCAGCAUCUGGUGGGUCCUAAACAGAGAAAUUUCAAUGUUAGAGACAAGAAUGAGAUUGAGUUUAAACCUCAGCAGAUGGUGUCAGACAUUACACAGAUUUAUUUAAAUCUUGGAGAUAAUGAGGCCUUCUGUAUGGCUGUGUCAGCUGACGGCAGAUCUUACUCUCCAGAACUCUUUGAAAAAACCACAGGUGUGUUACAGAAAAUUGGAAAAUCGCCUACCAUGAUCAGCCAAGUGGAUUCUCUUAGGGAUAAAAUAGAGGCUCUUCGAGAACAACAAGCAGAGGAUGAAUUGCUGUAUUCUGAUGCCCCUGAGGAAUUUUUGGAUCCCAUCAUGGGGACUCUAAUGAGAGACCCUGUCUUUUUACCCUCCUCUAAAAAUAUUGUGGAUAGAGCAAUUAUUGCCAGGCAUAUCUUAAGUGAUCAGACAGACCCCUUCAACCGAUCCCCUCUCUCCCUAGACAUGGUCAUUCCUGAUGUUGAACUGAAAAAAAGGAUAGAUGCCUGGAUUCAGGAGAAGAAAAAAUCUUCAUGACAAACACCAAGCAGUUCAUUCUGUGUGAACAUGAAGUGUGUAUGUAUUUACAAACAGAAUAAAGUUUUAUUUCUCCAGACACUGCGUACAGAAAGGAAGCAAUAUCUGGAAAUUCAUUUAUCAAAUUACUAUUGAUGUGAGACAACAGAGAAAGAUUUGAUUGCCUUACACUUUACUGAAAGUGUUUAAAACAUGUUUAUACAUUACACUGCUUUAUCUGUGAUGGCUUAGCCAACAUUAAAAUGUUAGCAUGUGUCAGAUUUGUAUGAAAGUGCCAAGAGUUUUUGAUAUUCCAAAAACAGUUUUUAAGUUUAUUGUGGACUUACAGGGUUGUAAACUAUAAAAAGAAAAUUUCACUGGAUUCAUUUGCCAUUGAGAUCUUGGUAAGCUAUGUUAUAGAUGGCAAAAAUGAUGAACUUCCUCUGUGGGAUUUAUCUAUUCUACAUUCAUAUAAAUUUAUAUAUACAAAGUAUAUUUGUAACAAUAGGAAUGUGGUUUUAUAAGUGCAUAUUUUAUUAACUGGUAAGACAGUUUGUAUGAUAUAAUGCAUACUAUGAUAUCAACAAAGCAUACUGUUGUCAGACCUCAUCAUUCAUGUAGAUGUGGUAAAUCUUAUCUAUUCUCUAUUCAAAUAUUACUAAUUAUAUGUAUGUGGCAAUAGGACGGCUUUUAACAAGUGCAUAUUUUUUUUAUAACAGGGAAGCAUAUUCUUGUAUGACUAAAUAUAAAACCACUGUAAUUUUAGUUCAAGUAAAAUUAUAAUGAUUAUU